AUGUCUAGGAAACAAGAAUAUAUUGCUAGAGUUAGAUAUUUUAACAAUCUUCCAGCACCUUCUGUGCCUCCAAAGUUAUUGAAUUAUGUUACUAAACCAGAUGAAAACGCAGAUGCUCCUCAAUUGGUUACUGCGUUAUAUAAUAAAACCAAUAUAACCCCUUUGAUUAACCUCGAUAAUGAUCUAGGUAUGCCAUUGGAUUUGAUGAAUAUUCCAGGUUUGUUGAAUAAAAAUGAUACGAAACUUUUAUAUGGGUUUGAGAAUGUCAAAUUACAUCCAGAUGACCGUGUUUUAUUAAGGGAUCCAAGAGCUGAUAGAUUGGCAAAGACCGAUACAGCAAAAGUUAGUUUCUUAAGAAGAACAGAAUAUGUUUCAUCAACCAAUGCAACUCCAGCUGGUACAGGUAAUGGGAAAAAGACAGGAAGGAAUAUUUAUGAAAAUAGAGGGGGGUUAAAUAAAGAUGGGGAUGAUGAUAGAAUACUCACAGCACCAGAAAUUGUUACUAAAGUGGAAAACACUUUUGAAUCAAGCGCAGAAGAUUUAUCUAAGUUGGUACAUCCAAUUAAACGUCAUCUGAAGGCAGUUGAGUCCUGGAAUUUACUUCCAGAUACAGCCUCCAUGGAUGAAAAUUACUUUUCAUUAAGGUUAGUCGGUAGUGCUGCAUUAGAAAAGAGAGAAAAGGAUAAAUUGGCUUUGAAGACUGCUAUAUUUAGACCUGUAGAGUUAGAAGAGGAUGAAUGGAUUUCUAUGUAUACUACUGAUAAGACUGAUUCUGAUAUUAUCAGCAAAAAUAUUGAAAAAGUUAUUAGUGAGAAAGCCGGUGAUAAUGAUGAGAAUAAUGAAAAAACAUUUAAAUUUAAAAGAGUUAGAGAUUUUGAUAUGCAACAAGCACAAAAGACUACAGAUGAAGGUAUGCCAGAUUUGGAUCAAUCUCGACUUGGUGAAUUGGCUAUACUAUUCAAUCAAGAAAGAGGUAUUGCUUAUUAUAAACCACUACGUGCUAGAAUUGAAUUAAAACGUAGACGUGUCAAUGAUGUUCUAAAGACUAUUGUUAGAGAACAUACGGUUGAUCAAAUUAAUAUAGCCGUAAGGAAUCCAACCACAAAGGAAGCCAAUGCUGUUGAUAGACUAAGAAUGAAAUACGAUCCAAUUAAUUUUGUUCCAGUCGACGAUGAAGAUAGUAGCAACAGUGAAGAUGAAGCCAACAAAGGAGAUUCUAACGGAGAAAAUGUUAGUAGUCAAGAAUCUUCUGGUGAGAAAUAG